AUGGACAAAACAACUGCCACCAUCGAGCUUGAUCAAAAGGAUGAUCCCAAUCCUCCAAUAACACCUCAAGCUGCCCCAAAACUCCCGGGAGUCCUGCGCGUGGAAGCAGCAGCUAGCAAGCUCACAACGCCCAAACGAUGGAUCUUCUUCACCAGCAUCUUCUUCUUCAGCUACGCCCUCAACCUUGACUUCCAGACACGAAACACCUACGUCCCCUACGCCACAUCAUCCUUCGGCAAUCACUCCCUCCUGGCUACGGUCAUUGUCAUCCGUGAAGUCGUGGCCUCUGCUAUCCAGCCCUCGGUUGCCAGGCUGACUGAUGUCUUUGGCCGCAUUGAGAUCUUUACCCUUGCUGUCGUUUUCAGCUUGGUCGGGACGAUCAUACAGACGUAUUCGGCAAACAUUCAGACUUUUGCUGGUGGUGCCGUGCUGCAUUCGCUCGGGUACAGGAUCUCAAUUCUUACUAUUGAGAUCAUGAUUGCAGAUUUCACGUCUAUGAAGACGAGGCUGUUCUUUGCUUUUGUGCCUAACUGGCCUGCCCUUGUCAAUAUUUGGAUAAGUGGAGAUAUCACAUCUGCUAUCCUUUCAGUAACUUCCUGGAAAUGGGGAAUUGGCAUGUUUGCAAUCAUUAACCCGAUCUGCGCUUUGCCUCUGAUUAUCUUCAUGUUCGUCCUCGGCCGUCAGACGAAGCGUUCAAGACUGGAGCAGGAGACUCUUGGAUCUUCCUCUUGGACUGCGUCUCUCAAGGCAAUCUUUUGGGAGCUUGAUGUCAUUGGCGUGCUGCUCUUGACAGCUGCCCUAGCUAUGACAUUGAUCCCUCUCACGCUGGCAGGCGGACAGAGCGCCAAGUGGAGGGAUGCCAGCAUCCUGACACCUCUCAUCAUCGGUCUUAUUCUUUUCCCAAUUUUCGCCAUAUGGGAAAGGAAAGUAAGUCACCCAAUGCUUCCAAUUCACCUCCUCAAGCACCGGACCGUAUGGGGUUGUCUCGGCAUCAGUGCUAUCUUCCCGAUCGCCUUCAUGGUCAUUGGAAGCUAUCUGUUCAGCUUGCUCGUGGUAUCUUACAACUUUACCGUCAAGGACGCUACUCGAGUGGCGUUACUCUAUCAGUUCUGCGCUAUCAUUGUAGGCUCUCUUCUCGGCCCAAUCAUCAUCAAGAUUCGACGCCUCAAGGAAGUCAUCUUGACUGGCAUUGCACUCUUUUUCGUUGGGUUCGGACUUAUCCACCACUUCCGAGGUGGCUCUGGUUCCAAAUCUGGAGUCAUUGGCGGAGAAGUCAUGAUGGGAAUUGCUGGUGGCCUUUUCUCUUGGCCAACACUUGUUCUUAUCCAGACCGUUGCUCGACACGAGUACAUUGGAGUCUUGAUAUCUCUCGUUUUCACUGCAAACGCGAUCGGCCAAGCCAUUGGUGGUUGUGUGUCUGGCGCCAUGUGGACACAGACUCUGUACAAAGAGCUUGAGAAGAACCUUGCACCAUUUGGCAAUGACACGCUGGCUUCAGCUGUGUAUGCUUCGCCUUUGACUGUCGUCCCUCAAUAUCCUUUGGGAUCGCCUGAGAGAGAGGCUAUGGGCUUGAGCUAUCGAUACAUCCAAAGAAACUUGAGUAUUGUCUCGUUAUGCCUCGUUGUACCUAUGCUUGUUCUUGGACUAUGUCUUCAUAAUCCUACACUUUCCGAUAAGCAAGCUCAAGUGGACGAAAAUGUCGAGUCUCCGAAAGAGCAGAAGCAGAUUACUGGCAACUAA